AUGCUGUGCUUGGUGGACCCAGUGCAGCUGUUUCUAUAUGACAGUAGCACAGGACCUAUUCUCAGCAUCCUGGUGGAAAGUGGGCCACUCUGUGGAAGGGAGGACAAGAUUCAAGGGAGUGAAAGAAAGGUGUCAGCAAAAAACACUAUCCAUCCACCAAACUUCUUGUAUCCCAAUGGUGUGGUGAUCCUCGAAGCAGAGCUUGGAAAGCCACUUGAAUUGAAAUGCUGUGUACAGUUUGGGUUUGAAAGAGUUUCUCAGGUGACGGUGACAUGGAGAAGAAACAACAAAGAAAAUAUAAAUGAGAAUUUGAUUCAGGAAAAAAGUGUUUAUCCAAAAGGUUUAAAGGGGCACACAGUUCUUCAUGUUGCAAAACUGAAAGAAGUUACUGAAAGGGACCUCAGAAGCAACUUCACGUGCUUUGCUAAGAAUUUGGUGGGGAAUGCCACUGCUGUGAUCCAGCUGAAAAGAAAGCAAAGAGCCAAUUCAGAUAUACCUCUUAAAAAUUUUGCCGUUCUCCACAAGGAGAAAGAAACAGUGCGGAAGCUGUGUGUUACUUAUUUAUUUAUUUUAGAUGGCAAAGAAUUUGAUGCGUUUGUGUCCUAUGCAAAACUCGACUCUUCUGAAAGUGACUCUACUUUAAUUAGUGAGGAAAAAUUUGCCCUGGAGUUUCUUCCAGAUAUGCUGGAAAAUAAACAUGGAUACAAGUUAUGCAUUCUUGAAAGAGAUAUUCUUCCAGGAGGAGCUUACACAGAUGAAGUUGUCACAGCUAUUAAACAAAGCAGACGAGUAAUAAUUAUUUUGAGCCCAGCCUACGUCAGCGGACCAAGCAUCUUUGAACUGCAGGCAGCAGUGAACUGUGCGUUGGAAGACAAAAGGAUAAAGCUGGUGUUAAUAAAGUUCCAGGCUUUCCAAGAGCCAGAGACUUUGCCUCCAGUAGUGAAGAAAGCUCUUCGGAUUUUACCAGUCGUUACCUGGAAGCCUUCUAUUUCUGCUGCUCCAAACAAGAAGUUCUGGAAAUAUAUGCAUUAUUACAUGCCAGUGAAAACUACCAAGAUGUUGGGAAAUUGCAGCCUAAAGGGCUUUUUCCAAAGGUUAUUAAGCCUGGUAUAUCGAUAGCAGAAAUUUCACAGAGGGGUGACAGCAGGCUCAGGAAUGGUGAUGUGGUUGUAAAAGACCUUUCCUACGUUGGCUGCCCACUGUGGAUUGUCACUGCAGUCAUCAGUCGCUCACUCCAAAACAGUGAGAAGGACCGCAGCAUGGCGGUGCUGCAGCCCCACAGUAAAACUAAGUGCCACUGCCCACAACUGUAAAUGUGAGCUAUCUUUCAUAAAUUAUUAUUUUAUUAUUAUUUUUAUUAUAUUUAUUAUAUUAUUUUCCUGUGAUGUUGAGACACACAUGUGAAUGUUUUGU